AUGGAUGAUCCACCCAAAGUCAAUAUUCUGCUUCUUGGUGAUUCGGAAGUGGGAAAGUCAACAUUCUUGGGCAAAGGAUCCUCGUCUCACGAUCCAAAGACUCCUAUCCCUCGUCUCCGCGACCAUGAUCAGCCCUUUAUCUUCGAAAUCAAGUUCUUCAAUCGACCGUAUCGAUUCUCAUUCUACGACACUGCUAGCCCUGAAAACUGGACUCUGUUGACGCCAGAUGUGAUUGUCCUCUGCUAUGAUAUCUCAACUCGACUUUCUCUUAUCAAUGUCCAGCGAAUUUGGGUCAAUGAAGUCAAACGGCUCUUUACGGUUUCUAAAGAACUCCCAGUCCUGUUGUUGGGAUUGAAAAGAGAUCUCAGGAGUGAGGAUGAUCCGAAUGGAAUUAUAUAUCCUCAGGAAGGCUAUAGGAUUGCUCAAGAAAUGAGAUGUGACCGCUACCUUGAAUGCUCGGCUGUCACGGGAGAAUUGGUUCAUGAAGUGUUCGAGGAUAUUUGCCGGACUGCAGCGAAGAGCACUAAAGAUGAAGGCGGAUUAAGUGAAGGUGGUUGUGUUGCUAUGUGA